UUAUACGUCUUUAACCUGCAGCCACACCGCUGGCUCGAAUUGCGAACUGACAAACUGCAUGAAUUUGACGAAAUAGUUGGGAAAACUAACAAAAAUGGCUCAAAGUGCACCAGCCUGCAGGGACACGCAGGAUUUUCAAUUUAAACUGCGCGACAAAUUUGUGGCGUUCAAAAAAUGCGGCGAGCCCCGCAGUAACGUGAAAUUGCUGGCCAUCUCAAGCAGCCGGGGAUUGCUCUUCGUCGGGAGUCCAACGCAUCCGGAACUCAAGGUUAUUAUCGUUAAGGAUCUGGCCAAUGCCAAAAGUACAGGACAACAGCCGCAGGCGCGACUUGUCCCACUGCCCAGUGUACCGAACUACAUCGCCUGCAGCUCCGAUGGCAACCUGCUGGCCGUUAAUCACACCCAAAACGGCACCAGCCUGCUCAGCAUCUAUACGGUGCCAUCGUUUAUGACCCCGGAUGUUCGACCUGUCUAUAGUAUACGCCUGGCGGCCGAGGACCAUGUGCACGCUGUUCAGCUGCUCUGGAAUCCCGUCCUGCCCAACAGCCUGGCCGUCGUUCUGAGCAACGGAGCCCUCGGGAUGUACGCCCUGAAGGAGGGAGGAAACUUUGAAAUGCACUCGCUGGACAAGAACCAGCAGGUGAAGUGCGGCUGCUGGUCGCCCAAGGGCAAGCAGAUAGUCCUUGGCUUUCCUGGCGGCAAAGUGCAGCAGUUCAAACCAGACUUGACGCCGGCCAAGACCCUAAUGUGUCCACCCAAUGUGCACGACGCCCCCUUCGACACCAUCGCCAUUCAGUGGCUUUCAACGUUCCAAUUCGCAGUGGUCUUCCUGCAGCACGGCGAGGACUGCAAUCCGUCUCUGUACAUCGUUAAUGCUCCCAAGGCCGGAACACCCAGCUACAUAAACUACUAUGACAUCUGCUACAGCCUGAAUGGACCGAGGAAUCAUCAAUUUCUCUUCAACCAUGUGCCGCAGUGGAACCUGCUGCUCGUUAUCUCGGCCAAUGGUGUGGAGGUGGGCGUCAUGGGCACCUCGGAGGCCGGCGACACGCCUGCCUGGCAGCAGCUAACUUUGCUAGAUGAAGCACGCAUUGAGAUGCCACUGAGUGAGGCCACACAGGAGGAGACCUUCCCACUGGGCUUUGUCUACGAUACGUCUACCACGCAUCAACUAAUCAUCAACGAGCAAAAGAUCCAGACCAUGCCCAUGGUGCACGUUUUGGGUUCAGACGGAGACCUGCUUUCUUUCGAUUUUCUGAAUAUGCUGCCGAACGCAGUAUCUGUGUGCUCGCCACCUCCACCAGUAGCGGAUACUUCAGGACAGUUCAGGCCAUUGAAUACGUUGCUUCCCAGUGAGGAGGAGGAGCAACCGGCUGCGGCUGCCAGUCCGCCUCCCAAGACUCCUGCGGUAAGCGCUCCUUCAGACAUAUCGUUCGCCUUCACACCGAAUACAGUUACUUCAACUCCGGCUCCUGCAAAGGAUAAGCCGCCAUCGCUGUUUUCCGGGUUUGGAGCCGCUGCAGCCAAAGCUCCUGCACCACAGCUGUCCUUCGGAUCUGCUCCGAUUCCUGCCCCGCAAGCGUUUGCAGCUUCAACUGUUUCUGCCACCAAGCCAGCCAUCGGGUUUGGUGGAUUUGGAGCUCCAACAACUACUCCGGCAAUUGGAUCCAUGUUUUCCGCUCCCGGAGCAAAUGCCUUUGGGGGCAUGGCUAUUAACAAGCAGGCCGCUGUUUCUAUGGCGCCACGAAUGGCUCCAGAGUCAACGGCUCAUGUGGCCGCUCCCGUUAAUAAACCUCUGUACACUGUUCCUCCGACAUUUGCACCGGUGGCCACAAAGCCAACUGCGUCAGCGCCUCCUGUCACCAUAGUAGAAACCUUCAGGCCGGAUGACACGGAGCCCAUUAUCAAAGACAUGAUAGCGCUGCAAAUCGAGUCCUUCAGUCAGGACAUUGAAAAGCAGAAGGACCAGACCAAGGAUUUGCUCAAAGGCAUUGCUGCUCCUUCAGCUUUACGCGUGUAUGCCAAGCGAUUGGAUGAUCUUCAAGAGCUUAACGAACAAGCCAAGGAUGUGGAGUUCGAGUUGGAUGUUCAGGGAUUACGACAGGGUCUUAAUGAGGCUUAUGCCAUUGUAGCCGAAUGCCGUGGCAAACUGGAGAUUUACAGAAAACCAGAUAUUACACGGCUGAUGAACUCAAGCUCCUGCGACCCCGCUGGCCGUCGCAUGCUAGCCCGUUUGCAAAGUUAUGUGGCCGCCAACGAAGCACAGCUGCGUCUCGCCCAACAACAUGUCGAUGUGCAGUGGGAGCAGUUCCAGGAUGUGGUACGGCGCAACUCCAAGUCUCGCAUGCACAUGCCCUGCCUGGAGGGUAUCUACCAGCGACUGACGAGGCUGCAGAACCUCACAUCUGACCAGCGAAUCCUACAAAACAACAUCAAAGCAAAGCUAAAGGAGCGCGGAUUGCUCCAGACUGCACUACUCGACCAGGAGAACAGUCGCACUCGCACCAACGAAGCAGUGGACACUUUGGCCGACUCCAUUCUCUCGAUGAGUCUUAGCCACGUAGUGGACUCUAAUGCAGCCAAGCUCACGCAGCAGAGACUGCAAAAGAUUCGUAAGGUGGUCCAGCUGCAGAAGGUCAAUAUUAUAUGUCCCCAGCGACCAGAUCGCGUGGGUCUCAAGUCAGAGGUUAUUUUGGAAACAAAGCGUAGGGCAGAGCAGAUUAAAAAGACGGCUGCAAAGCCCACUACGGCCAACAAGUUCACUCAAGUAGCAGUGGCUCCUCCUCCAACUCCGGCUCCGGCUGCUGGACCUAUGCCUCUUGCUCUCCCAACAGUGGCUUCUCAGCUGCCAAAGCCAAUGCCAUCUAAGCCUCUCAUUGUGGAAAAGUCUGCAGUCCCUAUUCUCCCUACUACGUCCGCAGCUACGCCGUUCUCCUUCAGCCAGAGCAGCCCGUUCGUGAAGACAUCCACUGUGACACCAACGACAAAUACUGUGACCCCUGGUGAAGCUGCAAAACCGGGCCUCUCUAUGUUCGGCGGAAUGGGCAGUGCUAGUUCCAGCUUUAGUUUUGGUGGGAGUGCCAAGACGGCGCUCUCAUUUGGAGGAGGUUCGCCAGCAGUGGAAGCGGCUCCAAUGCCAAAACCAAACCUUUCGGCAGGAGUUGGAAAGGAUCAGCCUGCAACAGAGCCAGCUAAGCCCAAAGAGCAGAAAGGAGGGCUAGAAAUUAAGCCGGUGAUACCGGCAGCAGAGACUACAAAAGUACAACCACAAACACCAAAGGCAGAGGUCGCUAACAAAUCCUUUGGUUUUGGUGGCUUCACGGGAACUGGCGGGGCUGUGGGAAGUGCUUCUAGCUCUCCGUUCAGCUUCGGGGGAUUGGGCUCAUCACUUGGCUUUGGGGGAGCAGCCCCUGCUGUCCCAAAAUCUGAAGCCCCCAAAUCAAACGCCACAACCGCAGCUGCAGCCACAUCCGCUUCAGCUUCUCCAUUUAGCAUGUUCUCGGCAGCUUUAACUAAGACAACCACCAGUGAACCCACAGUGACCAGUAGCACCACCACCACCACCGUCACCAGUAAGCCCACCCCUGCAAGUGGUUCGACUAUUGCGGCUGAAGAUUCUUCAGAGAAAACAGCGAGCGGUGUGACCAGCAGCUCGGAUCCUAUCGGCGGACUUUUCAGCUCUGUAAACAUUUGCAAGCCGAACACACCAACAGAUUCCGCCAAACCAGUCAAUAUUUUUGGAAGUCUUAGCAGCGGUUCAGGCUCUGGCAGCUUUUCGUUUGACGGUGGAGAUGCCUCGAAGGGAUUAUUUGGCGGCACUACCCAAGUAGCAACGACAACAACUCCUGCAACAACUGUUGCGGAUGCCACAAUCAAAACUGAUCCCAUCACAACAACAGCAACGGCAGUUCCAACUGUGGCUACAACUUCUGCAUCAAGUGCAACCACAGUUCCUUCAGCUGCAACACCAGCCGUCCCGCCAUCCACUACCGCACUAGUAACAUCUAGUAAUACUGUUCCCGGCAGCGCUUUCUCCUUCUCGAACGCUUUCAGCAGCCUCAGUGCAGGAGGCCCAGGUGCGGCUCCAAGUACCACUUCUGCUGCUCCUUUACUUGCGAGCAGCUCCACCGCAUCCACCGCCAGUAACGCCUCAUCUUCAGUGUUUGGAGGUGGCUUCGAAGCAUCAACAUCAACAGUGGCUCCGGUGGUUAGCCCCUUCCAAACGGCUCCAAAGAGUUCCGCACCGAGUGGAAACAUUUUUGGCACUAUACCUAAACCGGAAACCAGCGUUUUUGGAGCAGCUUCUGUUGCACCUUCAAAUACACCGGCUGCACCAACAGGAGCUGCACCACCCACGGGUCUCUUUGCAUCAGCCGCCAUAAGCAAUCCGUCGCCAUUCGGCAGUCCUCCAAGUGGAGCUGCUGCCUCUGGCGGUAAUAUUUUCGGACAGGCCGCAAAAUCGAGUGUUUUCGGUCAACCGGCGCCAGCAACAGGACCAGCCGGCGGAGGAUCUAUUUUUGGAGGCGCAACCAACGUACCAUUUGGAUCGAGUUCUAUUUUUGGGGGAAGUAACCCCCAGAGCCCCGUAAGCGCUCCAGCUGCUGGAAGUGCUUCGAUCUUUGGCCAAAGUGUGUUUAGUCAGUCAGCGGCAGGAUCGCCGGCAGCUGGUGGAAACAUAUUCUCCAAUACAGUGGGCACCCCGCAGGCUUUGGCCUUUGGCGGCGGAGGAAGUUCGAUAUUCGGAUCACCUGCACCCGCUGCAGCCUCGCCUGUCUCUGGCGGUUCGAUCUUUGGCGGUGGCAGCAGCUCUGGUGGAUUUGGAUCCUUCUCGCAGACAACACCAGCUCAGGGAGGCUUUGGUGGUGGAUUUGCUCAGGGCGGUGGAGGAUCAGUGGCCCAGACCGGCUUUGGAUCACCGCAAACGCCACAGCAGCAACCUGCGCCGGGUGGAUUUGGAGCCAAACCCGUUUUUGGCGGGUCCCCAGCCUUUGGAGCGAGUCCCACCUUUGGGGGAGGUCCCACCUUCGGCAGUCCCAAGGGAUUUGGUGGCUUUGGCGGGGCUACCCCUGUAGCCUCACCACCAGCGUUUGGUGCUGCACCUAAGCCGGCUGAAGGAAAUAUAUUCGAAACUCUUGGUGGCCAGGAGUCCGGCCUAUCCUUUGGAAAUCUAGCACAGACUGGAAACUCGAAUGCCCAGAAACCAGCCUUCGGAGGAUCGAGUUUUAUGAAUUAUCGUUGAGUUAUUGAUUCCUAUGUUCGUUCAGUGUUGGUUAUAUAUACGAUUACCAUAACAUCAUUAAAUUUAUCAAAAUACUGAGAACUUCCCUGUUCCCAUGUUUCUUUUUAA